UGGCGUGAACGCCUCAAGAUGAUGUCUCGCGGGGCACCGGCAGUAUAUCAUCAAUCUCCCUCCUCGGGAUGAGCGACGGAGGGACUCUUGACCGGGCAAAACACUUUGCAUUCAGUCAUCAUCGGCAAUGACCACUCAGACAGAGAAACCCCGAGAUGAAGAAGAUUUCCUACACCACGAAGCUGCCCGAAGGGGCAUGCGAAGGACGGGGUCGCGAACCAUGGAAUGGAACCCCGAGCAUCAAGACUAUCCGCGCAACUGGCCCAUCCAGCGUAAAACCUAUGAUAUGACCGUCAUGUUCUUCCUCGAGUUCUACACCACGAUCAUCAGCACCACAGGUCCGUCAGCCGCGACUAAGGCCAUGAAAGAGUACGGACUGAGUCGGAUUAUCGCACUGACCGGCUUCCAAUUCAUGUAUGGUGUGGGCCAGGCCCUCGGAGGACUCAUCAUGCCGCCCUUUUCCGAGUCGCUGGGCCGCAAGAAGUCUUAUCUGGUGUCCGCAGGCGCGUACAGCAUCUCGUGCCUGUUAGUGGGCGUCGUGCCCUCUCCAGCGGGCGUGUUCAUCGGCCGGUUCAUUUCGGGCUAUGCGUCGUCAGUGCCGGCCAUUGUACUGGCUGGAAGCAUCGAGGAUAUGUAUUCCACCAGCCCCAGGUUGUGGCUGCUCUGGCUGUGGAAUUGUUCGACCAUUCUUGGGCUCUGUGUUGGUCCAAUAUACGGAUCGUAUAUUGUCAGUGCUAUAGGCUGGCGUUGGGUAUAUUACACUGCGGCCAGCAUUUGCGCCGGCCUGUUUAUCCUGCUUCUGUUUGUGAGCGAAAGUCGACCGACCACCCUUCUCUCCAGGCGAUUCGAGCAUCUCAAGUCCAAGGUUGGAAGUCGCCUAGAUGGCAUGCAAAUCUCCAAUCCCGACCGCAUAGACAACAAGCACGAGCUCGUGCAAGUCAUCCUGGUGCGGCCGGCACGGCUAGGCGUUAGCGAACCCAUCGUCAUCACGGUGUCCAUCCUGAGCGCGUCCGCAUGGGGGAUGAUGUAUCUCUUCACCGAAUCCUUCACGGUGGUCUACGGACAAUUCGGCUGGAGUUCACGAGCGACUUCGCUACCGUUCCUAGCCCUAAUCCCCGGCAUUGUCGCGAGCGGGCUCGUCCGCAUCUGGGACCACCACACGGUGCACCGACGGCUACAAAACAAAGACACCUCCCCCGAACCCGAGGACAAGAUCCGGGGAUUCGCCCUCGGCGCUCCUGCUCUGGCAAUCGGACUGUGGAUCUUCGGUUGGACCGUCCCGCCGCUGGUGCACGGGGUACCGUGGAUCGCCUCGAUGUUUCCCCUGGCGGUGAUCGGAUUCGCGGCCACCGAGUUCUCCUACACCCUCAGCGGCUACAUCGCCGACGCGUACACCAUCUAUGCCUCCACGGGCCUGGCGGUUGUCUCGUUCCUGCGUGGAAUCGCCUCCGCCUGCAUGCCCUUGUUCGCGUAUCCCAUGUAUGCGGGCCUCGGCUCGAAUAUCGCUACCAGUAUUAUCGCGGCCGUCGCGACCGUCUUUGCCGUCACGCCGUUUCUGUUCUUGCGGUUUGGGAAGCGGCUCAGGCUGAAGAGCCCGUUUGCUCGGUAUAGUGCUGAGGUUAAUGAGCGGCAUGGUGGCGGAGGAGGGUAG